AUGCCUGGAGACAGAGAUGACGAGAUUUGUCAAAAGGCACUCGAACUCCUCUCAGAUCUUUGCUCGAAGGGGGAAGUGCAGAACGAACACUGUCUGGAUUUUAUCUACUAUUUCCGAGACCUUGCCAGGCCACGCUAUACGGAUUCAGACAUAUCGGUGAGUCUGUUGUCACUGGUGGUGACCGCCUGUGGCUUGGCCCUGUUUGGCGUCUCCCUGUUUGUGUCCUGGAAGCUCUGCUGGAUACCAUGGAGGGAGCGUGUUCUCUCCCCCACCACCAAGGAGGCCCAUGGGCACCUCAACCCAAUAAUGAGCCCUCUGCACUCGCACCUUUCACCCAGGCGGCCAGUUUACACAGCCGUGGACCCCCCGCCUCUCAACCGCCGUGAGUCAUCACACUGCUCCAUCGCCAGGGAGCCCACUCCGGUGGCCUCUGUGGUAUCAGUGGAGGUGCCAUUAACUCCAGUAUCACCACCACCUGUGGUGAUGGCCACACCCGAGGCAGCUAUGAAGAUCAGUCACACGUCUCCGGAUAUCCCACUGGAUGCCCAGACUAAAAGCCGGGAAAAUGGGGUUCACACCAACCCUCGUAUGCAGAGACAGACCACCGAUCCCCAAACCUCUGGCAAUUUAAAAUCUGAAAUUGGACAAGGGUCCAUUCGCAGGCACAUGAACCUGUCCAACCCAGACUUCAACGUGGCUCAGUUCCAAAGGCAGGACUCUCUCACGGGAAUGGGACUGGGCCUCGGGCGUCUCAAACCAGAACUCUACAAACAGCGCUCCCUCGAGGGAGAUGAAGGCAGUCGCAGAGGCGGCGGUUGCGGGUGCCUCCACUUUAUCCUCAGAUUUGACUGCGACUUGGAACAGUUAAUAGUUAAGAUCCACAAAGCAGAAGAACUCCCCGCCAAGGACUUUUCGGGUACCUCUGACCCUUAUGUUAAGAUCUACCUUCUCCCCGAUCGUCAGACCAAGCACCAGACCAAGGUGCACCGCAAGACGCUGAAUCCUGUGUUUGAUGAGGUCUUCCUGUUUCCCGUUGCAUACUCUGAGCUUCCCACACGUAAGCUGCACUUCAGUGUCUAUGACUUUGACCGUUUUUCACGCCAUGACAUUAUUGGCCAAGUGGUGGUGGACAACUUCCUGGAUCUGGCCGAUUUCCCCAGGGAGACGAAACUCUGCCGGGACAUCCAGUACGUCUCCACGGAUAACGUGGAUCUGGGGGAUCUGAUGUUUUCACUCUGCUACUUGCCGACUGCCGGCAGAUUGACAAUUACCCUGAUAAAGGCUCGCAAUCUCAAGGCCAUGGAUAUCACUGGCGCAUCUGAUCCAUAUGUGAAGGUUUCACUAAUGUGUGAUGGUCGCAGACUGAAGAAGAGGAAGACAUCUACAAAAAGGAACACCUUGAAUCCUGUCUAUAACGAGGCCAUUGUCUUUGAUGUCCCUCCAGAAAAUAUAGAGCAGAUCAGCCUUUUAAUUGCAGUGAUGGACUAUGACCGAGUGGGCCAUAAUGAGGUCAUUGGUGUGUGUCGAGUUGGUAAUGAUGCAGACAGCCUCGGCCGAAACCACUGGAGUGAAAUGCUCACGUGUCCCCGAAAACCUGUUGCCCACUGGCAUCCAAUUGUUGAGUACCAAGGGACUACAGGCAGUAGCCAGGGCGGAUCCUGUAAUUCUCUAAAGACGCCUCCCUCUCCGUAGCCUUCAACGACACUUCGCACAAGAGCACAAAUCAACCUGAAGCCUUGGCUGUACCUCUGGACAUUGUGCUGCACACAUAUGCUCAUAAAAGGAGAAUGCAUUCAUUGAUAAACUACUGGAAAGAGAGACACAAACUGUCUUGAGCUCCGCUCAGUAGGAUCAGUUGCAUGUUGAAUGACCACAAAGAUGGAUGUUUUCUUUUCUAUAUUGUUCCAAAAGAAGAAAAAAACAGGCAUAUGCAGACAAUUUGAGUCUCUGCGAUUCCUGGGUUUAUACAGUAGUUAAUUUUUACAUGGUCUUGUUACUUGUUUUAAUGAGGUGAGUCUGUAUUUGCACAAUGUACUAACAACCAGUUAGAAUUCAACUCUGAACUGCCCGUACUGUGUGGUUUUUUCACUUGGUAAUGAAUUGGUGCAUGAGGUCAUGGUUUGGUGGCAUAUCUUCUCCUUGUUUGUUUCCGUUUCUAUUUUUGGGAAUAGGAUGUGUUGUUGUGUCAGUUGAUGUAAAGUGAUGGUUGAUUUCUAGACAGAGUAUCUGUAAGAAAAAUGUGUUUAAUGUUAUCAAUAAAUAUCAUUCCAUUUAAAAAAAGA